AUGGCAAGACUUGUUAUCACACAAAGUUUUCAAGAUUUUGUGACUGUCAAUUUACCAUUCACAGUUCCUCAAUGUAGUCCUCAAUUACCUGCCUACCCAACAAGAAAUCCAAUUCCUUCAUCUGUCAAAUCAUUAAAGAUGUGUUAUGAAGAUGUGACAGAAUUAGAAAAGGUUUAUUUUGACUUGUAUCGAAUGAUUGGUAAAGGAAUUAUCGAUCAAUUGAAUACCAAUUACAAAACAACAUUGGAAGCUCAAUAUGUACUUGUCAACACAAGUCAAGGAUUUUUCGAUUCCAUGACAAAUGCCUUAAAUAGUGGAACAUGUGACGUUGUGGUUUCUAAUGCUAUCAUUACUGAAGAAAGAACAAAACUUGUUACAUUUGCUUCAUGUCCAUAUGGUUUCACUUUUGAUGGUUUCCUUCGUGGUGAGCUAGACAUGGAUAAAUAUGUCAAUGCCACUUCCAUUUCACAACUCAAUCAACCAUUUUACAAAAUUGGAUAUUAUGCAGGAACUUUAUAUGAAGGUGUAGCUAACCAAUCAUUCCCACUCGCUCAAAAGUUUCCUUUAGGAUAUGAUGAACAAUUCGAAAUGAUUCUCUCAAAGAAAAUUCAUGCAACUAUUGGUUAUGCCUAUGAUUUGAGUGCUUGGCAGAGAAAUAAUGUGAAAAAUUGUCCUUCUUGUUAUGUGAGAACUUUUGGUAAUGGAAGAAGUUUUGGAGCUUUUGUGGCACGUACCAGUAGAUCGAGUGAAAGUUAUCAAGUUUCGUAUAGUACUUGGUUGAGUUUCGUAUUGAUUAUUUUUGCAUUAUUUAUUGGAAUAUGGCAUGUUACCAACAAACAUAACGGAAACUUUGACACAAGAGAAACCUUUCGAUCACAAAAAAAAUUAAAGUCAUCCAAUACCUGCCACCUGCCAAUCAAAAAAAUGAGCAAGGAAAUGGAUACCUUCAGCAAUAUCCUUCCAACAGACAACAAUAACAACAACACAACAACUACAACAACAGGAGGUGUUCUUCCUGUGACGUCAAGUGUCAAUAGUUCAAAUUCGCUGUCAGCACAUCAACAAUACAAAAAUUCACCCAUGGCAACAUCACCUUCUGAAAAUCAAGCCAUUAUUAUCGGCUCUGUAGGAAGCCAAUCCUCUACCGAUCAAUCAAUGGGUAUUUCAUCAAAUGACAAGAGACAGUCCACAUCAUCUUCUUUAGUAAAUAGUGGACUCGUACUUGUCGAUCCUUUAAAAGCAGAAGUUCAACGAAUUGUGGAGAAGAAUAAGGAUAAAAAUUUGUUUGGAAAUGGAGAAAGAAAAGGUCCAAAUAAGGAACAAGUUUGGAGUUGUUUAAAGAGUUUGAGAAUUACAACACUUGUAGUUUUAACAUUCAUGUUUACAAUUAUGAUUUUGGCAUUUGUUGUGAUUAUUGGAACUCUUUUACCUGUGAAUUUUGGUCAAUUGGAGAAGAAUGAUAGUUCGAAUGCUUCUAGGAGAAUGAUGAAAGUUUUAUAUGAUGAUUUGAAUAUUAAUUUAGUUAAUUUAUUGCCAUUUUCUGCUUGGACAGUUCCGUAUGAUAUUUUCAAGAGAUAUGCCAAUAAUUUGGCAACUGUCAAUGAAGUUAGUGAUUAUAUGGAUUCAAACUUUCCAAAGGCAAUCAUGACAUCAUCUAAAGUUAAUUGGGUUGUUUAUUAUUUCAAGAAUGGAACAGUUGCUGUUCCAAGAUCAAUUGAUUUCUCAACUGGAAUUAUUUCUACAAGUAUUUCAUCACUUCCAACGUUUUUACAAUACCUCCCAUCAAGUCAUCCAUUGAUGAAAAACAUGGACUCUCCAAAUACUAGAAAUGGUGGAUUUUAUAAUUACAAUUCACAACUUGUUAUGCUUUCUGCAUCUCCAUUGUCUGUGAGUGAUUAUACAGAUCAAUCAGAUACUUCAGGAGUUUUGGUUUUUGGUAGAAUUAUGAGCUCGAAAUUUAUUAAUGCAUUGGCAAAUAGUGCUCAGUUGUGUUGCUCAUUCCAUUUACUUUCGGAUACAAGUGAUGCAGUUGUUUCAAGUUAUUCUAAACAAGUGAGCUCAGUGAAUGGAACUUAUGUUUAUCAAACUUCUGCUGAUUGGGACAAUUUGGAUGUUUUUGCCUAUGAAGUUCUCUCUUCUGAUUCUCUUUCAAAGAGACAAUGCUGGAAAACUAAUGGAACUAUGUUGAGUGAACAAAGAUUUGCCUCUCUAGAAUUAGUGAAUGAUAUUUAUGGUAACAAGUUGAUGAUUGUAAGAACUGAUAUUGCAAGAGAUGUUUACUUGUUGGGAAUUCAAUCGGUCUUGUUGGCCAUUGGUUUAUUGCUUGUUGUUUGUGCCAUUGCUUCCAUGAUUGUCAUCUUUUUCAUUGAGAGAAGAGUCUUGUCACGUCUCACAACACUCACCACUCAAAUUCAACGUAUUACAGCAUCCAAUGACAGCAAACAAAGAGUUUCAGUUUCAGAUUCAACAACAGGUACUGAUGAGCUAGGAACUGUCUCCAAGAAUAUUAAUUACAUGUUGGAUAGUUUGGAUGUUCUCUUGGAGCAACAAAUUCAAGAGCAGGAAUUAUUGAAAAAGCUUUUAGAAAGAAUUUCAGUUGCUGAAGAAAGAACAACCUCCAUUAUGAAUAGUAUUAAGGAUAUUGUCUUGACAGUUACACCUGAUGGUUUUAUUUCACAUGCAAACACUGCAUUCUAUGAAAGAUUUGGUUAUAGUGCUGUGGAUGUUGAAGGAAUUACCAAGAUGCCUCUCGAUAAAAUCUUCCCUCAAUUGAAAGAGGCUGCCAAAGCAGGUGAGGGCUUGAGUCAAGUUAUUUCCAGUUAUGAUGAUCUCAUGUCACAUCCAUUCACUGGUGUCACAAAGAAGAGAAAGAAUAUUGAUUUUGAUGCCUAUAUCACCAAAUCUAAAAUGUCAUCUGGAGAUCAACAUAUGUUUGUCUUUGUUGGUAGAAUUUCAUCACAAAUGUUGGGCUCUUCAAUUUCUAAAUCCAGUUCACUCUUCUCAAUGGACAAUGAAUUUGACAGAUUACUCUUAAACUCUGAAGAAAAGGAAAGAUUUAAACAAUUCUGUAAAUCUGAAAAAUCUGAGGAAAAUAUGUUAUUCUUGGAUGCAGUAUUGGAAUACAAGACAUUUAAACAUACUCAUGAGAGAAUGAUCAAACAAGAGAGUAUCAUUCAGACCUUCUUAAUGGAGGAAAAAUCAUCCUUUCCAAUCAAUCUUGCUGGCCAUGUUGUAAAGAAGGAAAUGGGUGUUAUUGUUAAAGGUGUAGGACAACUUGAUUUGUUCGAUAAGCUGUUCAAUGCUGUCAAGUCAAACCUUGCCCUGGAUACAUUCUCUAGAUAUAAGAUUCAACAACAUAAUCUUCAAUACUUGUAAACAAUUAAUGUGUGAAUAUAAAUUUAUCAUUUC